UACUUGAGUAUUUCCUUCUAAGUCACGAUUGACUAGAGACGCACUCGCUCCGUUCAACUAUUGGUCAUAUAUUUGGGUAGUGUCCGGCCUUCUUAAUCGAACCACUAGCAGAGAACGAGUGCAUAUAUAAAUGCAUUCUCUGAGAAGCAGGAAUUAACCCUGGCAUUCAGGAUGAAGGGAUUGAAGUUAUUUUUAAUUCUCCUAUUAUGGCGUCUUUGUAAAAUCAUCCAUGCGUGUGAAGGGCCAUGCUUGUACUAUAGUGUUGGGAAUACCAUAAAUAGUAUCAACCUGUCCGCUGGGAAAACCGCUUCUAGUGUUGUAGUGCAAGAUAUUGGAAAGGUCAUUGUCGUUGCAAUGGACGUAGAGGACAAUUAUAUCUAUUGGAGUGACUCUUGGGGUGGUACCAUCAAAAGAAUGGAUCUUCAGACGAACAUUAAAGAAAAUGUGACGAAAGGCGUCGGUAAAGUGGGAGGAAUAGCUAUAGACUGGAUUAGCAAAGACAUAUUUUGGACGGACACAAGAAACAACCGAAUAGAAAUGGCGAAGGUUGACGGAAGUGACAGAAAGAUACUGUUUGACCGAGACAUUGACAAGCCUCGAGGUAUUGCUGUUGAUUCGGUCAAUGGGUACAUUUUCUGGACAGAUUGGGGUUCAAAUCCUAAAAUUGAGAGAGCCACCUUAGACGGGAAGGAAAGGGUCACCAUUGUAGAAGCGAGUUCCAGUUUCCCUUUGCAGUGGGUAAAUGGCGUAAUAGUAGACUACGCUGAUUCAGAGAGCGUAAUUUAUUGGGUCGACGCUGGUCCGGGUGUGGUCGGUAGAGCUGAUCUGGACGGACGCAAUCAAAAACUAUCAAAAAAGAUAACUAACAGUCAUCUGGUCGCUAUAACACUUCACAACGGGACUGUCUACUUGUCUGAUAACAGAGCAAAAAAAAUUCGGCUGGUGGACAAAACAAACCUUGAAUAUCUUGGAAAUCUCGACCUGUCUUUCCCUGAAAUACAUGGAAUUACCGUAUCAGACGGAUCAAGGCAACCUCUAAAUCUGGUGGCUGUCAGUAUUACAUUGGAAAUGAAAAUGGAAGAGUGGGAGGAAGAGAAAUUUAAACAAGCAGUCGUGAAAGGGAUAAGAGACUACUGCUAUGAGGAUACAUGCAGUUGCAAAUCAAGAAACACAACCAUUGAAAAGCAGUUAUGCAGCAUCUUACCAAAUGAUUCCAACGCCAGUUCAGCUCAGAUCAGAGUCCUAAAGCAACCCGGAGAGUCUUCAGUUCUGAAUCAUACUGAAGUUGUUUUUUCACUCAUUCUUCGAACCCAAUCCAAUUCAUACCGUAUGGUAAUAAAAAACAGCACUUUGGAUUAUAUCGUGCAAAAGAGUGUCUACUAUAUCAGCAAACAUUUAGGUGGAUACAAGGUUAUAUAUGUAAACUGUAACCCUCCAUCAUUCGAAAAUUUUUGUAAUUAUACGGAACUCCCCAAGGAUAUCAAUGGAGAGGAGGUUACCAAAGGAGUGUCGUCGAAAAAGGGAACCAUUGAUUCAACAACAGCAGGAACAGUCACAAGUGGAAUCGUUAUCGUUAUCAUUAUCGCUGGCGUAUUUAUCUGGCGCAAAAAGCGGUAUAAUGGCGUAGGUGAUGAACAAACCCAUGUGAUGGGUAAGGUGGAACACGGCGAUAGGGACCCAGGCCAAGAGCUACACUUUAGCCAAGAUGUAGCUAUCAAUAACGGUGACCAAAAUACAGGUAAAAUACAGAUAAAACAGGGAAGAAACUUGACAACAACUACUGUCUAGGUUUGUCGAAUAAUAGGAAUUCUGUAAAUAACUUUGCAAUACAAGAGAGCCUCUCAAAUAAGGGGACAGGAGGACUGCAGCAUGGUGGAGUCAAUCGGGAUUCUGUUCGGAAAGAAAAGCAUACGUCCACGCAGUUACCCUGCCCUAACACAAAACGUGGAGCUUAAGAAACCGGUGAAGAUUGUGGCGCAUCUGGUGUUAAGUUACACAAUACCCACACGAUUUUAGGUUUUCCACGUGUAUUCGUUACCAACUGAACAUAAGAUUAUCCUAACAACUUUUUUAUUGCUCGGUUCUCUCCAGCACAUGUUUUUUUCUUACGUCAUAUGACAUCUACCAGGAUGUCCAGUCCUUUCCGCGCGAACGCCUGACACUUAACAUAAAUUCCUCUAGGAAACAACGUGAUUUCACUACCCAACACUUCCCCCCUAACCUGAAAAAGAAAUGUCAUUCGUGACAUUUAGCAUGUAAUACAAAAUAUUCCUCUACAACAGUGGCUUGUGUAUUAGGAUUGUUCAACACAUAAAUCCUAGAGUGAUCAGGCCCAGCUCCUUACAGACCACCAACUAUCACAGUUCAUCUGACCAUACCUCUGUUCACGAUUCUGUAUCACAAAGACCAUCUCUGGAUAGUUCUCUCAGCAUUCAUGAAACGAAUGUUAAAAUACACAAAAGAAAACUACAUUUUUGCUUCUAAGUUCUCUGAGCAACAAGAAUGUAGUACACGGGUUAUUGUCGGUCUGUACUGGAAUGGCUAAUGUGGCAUUUCCCAUUGUGGUAACUGAAGCACUGCUGGAUAGGGCAUCCCAUACGGCAUCAUCGUAUUUGCCCUCCAGAACAUCAUGGGUACUGCAGGUGGGGUGAAACCGGUCAUUGGUGGUGGCAGCAUACCGUACUGGUUUACUGGUGGCGCAGGUAUAUAGGGUACUUGCGAUGGUAUUCCAACCUGGUUUAUCUCGGUAGGUGGUCCUGCAUUAAUCUCUCGUACGUAAGUUGGGUUCCCAAGACUGUCAGAUGUUUGUCGUUUGGGUCCUUGUCUUGCCCGCUGAGGGCGACCUCGGUUACUAGCAUCCUCUUCCAUGCUUGUUUCUCCAUCAAUGGCUUGAGGGUUUUCAGUCGCUGGUACUUCAUCAGGAGAAUCAGUGAUGAUAGCACUUACCUCAAUUUGGCCUGACACCCCAUCAGAAUUGACAUUUUGGGGGGUUUGGUUCUGCUCCGACUGCUUCUUUGCUUGCAGACUGUACCUGUAUCUGGGAUUGAUCAUUGCCAUCAUUUCCUGGUGAUAGGUAAUGGUGUGAGAUGUCGGGAAGGUCAUCAUCGCUGUCACUUCCAUAGCUAUGCUCAUCCUACAUCAGCUGCUGACCGUCAUCGCAAUGAUGAAGUGUUGGUGGUCUCGGUUUCCUUACAGAAGGAAGCUCCUGCCACUGUUUAGACGGAAGAUGGUCACAAGGAAGUAACAGGUUUCGAUGUCAAGUACGACUCUGUCUCUGGCCUGAUUCUGAUCUCACGUCAUACACAGGGCUUCCCUCACCUUUUCUUGCAAUCACCACCUGAAUCUCAUCUUCCCAGAAGGCACGGAGUUUUCCAGGUCCACUGCGAGGGGUGAGGUUGCAGACUAGGACACGAUCUCCCACUUGCAGUGCUGAAGAUCUCACUCGUUUGUCGUAAUUCCUUUUUCCUCUAAUGGCACUUUUCGUGGCAGAUUUCAAUGCGAGUGAGUAAGCUUCUUGCAUGGCAGUCUUCCACUUAGUCACAUACUCAGCAUGUGAUCUGGCUCCUGUUUCUGGUUGGGGGUCAAAGAUUGCAUCAAUUGGUAGUCGUGGGCUUCGACCAAACAACAGGAAAAACGGAGAAUAACCUGUUGACUCAUGAACAGUGUAAUUAUAUGCAUGAAUGAGCUUGUUUACAUGGUCCUUCCAACUGGAUUUGUGAGUUUCAGGGAGAGUUCGCGGCAUAUUUAGUAGCGUGCGAUUCAUCCGUUCGACCAAACUGUUCCCUCGUGGGUGAUACGGGGUAGUUCUAGAAUGCAUAACUCCAGGAAAAUUCCUCUAACAGCUCGAACAAAUGAUUUUCAAACUCCCCUCCCAUGUCAUGAUGGAGUUUCUCUGGAAAUCCAAAACGCGGGAUAAAGUCAUUGAAGAUUCUGUCUGCAGCAGUAACGGCGGUUUUGUUCUUCGUUGGGUAUGCUUGAGCAUAUAUUUAGUAAAGUGAUCUACCACAACCAGAAUGUACUUGUGGCCACCUGAACUCCGUUCUAGGCGUACAAAGUCAAUGGAGAGUAUUUGAAGAGGAGCUGUUGUGACAAUUGGCUGUAAUGGCUCUCUUGUUGGUAGAUUUGGGCGUCUCUGUUUCAGACAGCGGCAUGUAUGAUGGAUAAAGUUGUCUAUAUCCCUGCUCAUGUAAGGCCAAUAAAAUCUCUCAAGAGCCAACGCUA